AUGGAAUAUUAAUAUUCAGGAAGUUGCCAUUGCCAAAAGGUGUAAUUUCAAUUUACAGGACCCCUUGAGAUGGAAGUAAUCAGAUGUCAUUGUUCAAUCUGCAAAAUGAAGCAAAAUCAUCAUGUAUUGAUUCAAGAUUCCAAAUUUAAAAUGCUCACAAGUAUGGAAGAACUGAGUCUGUACACAUUCAAUACCAAACAAGCUAAGCAUUACUUUUGCAAGACCUGUGGAGUGCAAUCCUUUUUUUAUCCCAGAUUUAACCCUAACAUGAUUGCAGUUACCAUAUAUUGUGUGUAAUUACCGUCUAAUGCCAAAUUGACAUACGUGACUUAAGGACUUGAAUAAUCAAUUAAAGAAUCAAUUAAACAAUGA